GGUCACAGCUUCCCCAGCCGAAACCCAGCGGCAACUAGAACUUUGUGGUGUAUAAAACAAUGUCCUGCUGCGUGAUUUACCAUGGAAAAAUUGCUCUGCAGCAUCCUGGUGUUUGGAAUGGCAGUUGUGGUUAAUGCUUGUCCCAAAUACUGUGUCUGUCAGAACCUGUCGGAAUCACUUGGCACUCUGUGUCCCUCCAAGGGCCUCCUUUUUGUACCACUAGACAUAGAUCGAAGGACUGUUGAACUCCGACUCGGCGGCAAUUUCAUUAUUAACAUCAGCCGACAGGACUUUGCCAACAUGUCUGGCCUUGUUGACCUCACGUUGUCCAGGAACACCAUCAGUUACAUUCAGCCCUAUGCUUUUGCUGAUCUAGAAAGCCUUCGGUCUUUGCACUUGGAUAGCAAUAGGCUACCGAGCAUUGGAGAGGAUAUUUUGAGAGGCUUAAUUAACCUUCAGCACUUGAUAAUAAAUAACAACCAGCUGGGCAGCAUCUCUGACGAAGCCUUUGAGGAUUUUCUGCUGACAUUGGAAGACUUGGAUCUUUCCUACAAUAACCUGAAAGGCAUCCCCUGGGAAUCUAUAAGGAAGAUGAUAAACCUACACCAGAUUAGCUUGGAUCACAACCUGAUAGAUUACAUUACAGAGGGAACGUUUGCAGAUCUUCAGAAAUUGGCCAGAUUGGAUCUAACCUCUAACAGACUUCAAAAGCUCCCCCCAGAUCCCAUCUUUGCCAGAUCCCAAUUAUCUCCAUUAACAACAACUCCAUUUUCUGCGCCACUGUCACUUAGCUUUGGGGGCAACCCACUGCAUUGUAACUGUGAGCUGCUAUGGUUAAGGCGGCUUGACAGAGAUGAUGAUAUGGAAACGUGUGCGUCCCCUCCAAAUCUAAAGGGAAGAUACUUUUGGUAUGUACGGGAAGAGGAAUUUGUUUGUGAGCCACCUCUCAUUACCCAGCAUACUCAUAAGUUGUUGGUUUUAGAAGGGCAAACUGCCACACUGAAGUGUAAAGCCAUUGGGGACCCAUCCCCAGUCAUUCAUUGGGUGGCUCCAGAUGACCGACUCAUUGGGAAUUCUUCAAGGACAGCAGUCUACGAUAAUGGUACCUUAGAUAUCGUUAUCACUACAUCCAAGGAUUAUGGAACUUUCACCUGCAUAGCAGCCAAUGCUGCUGGAGAAUCAACUGCCACCAUAGAGCUCUCUAUUGUUCAGCUCCCACACCUCAGCAAUGGUACAGGCCGUGCGGCUCCACCCAAAUCCAGGCUUUCUGACAUCACCAGCUCCAGCAAGUCCAAUCGAGCAGAGACGAAAGGUCCACCCGAAAGGACUGUCUUGGUGUCAGAGGUGACGACUACCUCGGCUUUGGUCAAGUGGAUGGUGAGCAAGUCGGCCCCCAGGGUUAAAAUGUAUCAGCUGCAGUACAACUGCUCGGAUGAUGAAGUUCUAAUUUACAGGAUGAUCCCGGCUACAAACAAAGCCUUCGUGGUGAACAACCUUGUAUCUGGAACUGGCUAUGACCUCUGCGUCUUGGCCAUGUGGGAUGACACUGCCACGACACUCACAGCCACCAACGUUGUGGGGUGUGCCCAGUUCUUCACUAAAGAGGACUAUCCUCAGUGCCAAUCCAUGCACAGCCAGUUCCUGGGUGGGACGAUGAUCUUAGUCAUAGGAGGCAUCAUUGUGGCGACUCUACUGGUGUUCAUCGUCAUACUCAUGGUGCGGUAUAAAGUUUGUAACAAUUCCCAGGGGAAGAUGGCCAAUGUCAGCAAUGUCUACUCACAGACUAAUGGAGCUCAACCUGUUCAAAAUGGGGUCCUGCCUCAAGUGAACCCCAAAGUGGUGGUUAGGAAUGAACUCAUGGAGUUUAACUGUGAGUCUGUGCAGAGUAGCAUCUCCUCCUCUUCUAGUUCAGCAAAUAGCCACGACUGUGAUGACUAUAGCCUCCAGAGUGAACAAGGCACAUUGUCCAGUAAGUGGAGACCUCCUUCUAGGUCAAAACAUAACAUUGAUCGAUUAAUGGGAGCUUUUGCCUCCCUGGAACUGAAGUGUCAGAAAAAGGAGGACACGGUAGACUCCAGAACUUCCACAGUGGCCCACCAUUCGGACAAAGAACCACUUUUGGGCCAACAGGAGUCAAAAUUCCGUAGCCUCCUCAUGUUACCACUGGAGGGAAAAACUAAACGGAGUCAUUCUUUUGACAUGGGGGACUUUGCCACAUCUCAAUGUUGUACCUACCCAAAAAAGAUAACAAACAUUUGGACAAAGCGCAGCCUCUCGGUGAAUGGCAUGCUCUUGCAGUACGAUGACAAUGACUUAGCAGGGGCAAAAGGAACUUAUGGGAGCUCAGAAUGGGUAAUGGAAAGCACAGUGUAAAUAAGAGCUUUUCCCUCUUACUUCUCCCCAGUUACAUCAAAUGUAAUAAAAUUUGGUUUUGUUGAAAAGCCAUGAAAAGUGGGGGAGGGAAAACAUGCUCAUCUGUGUUGGAGAGACGAUAUAAGGAAGGGAGAGGUAAACCAACAAACGAGGAAAAGGGUAAUGAAAUGCUAAUAAGCACUCAUGACCCAGUCCCAACAAAACUGAGUGUGAACGUUUCAAAGAAUCUACCAGUUGUAUUUAGCAUUGCUUUCCAAAAGUCUCCUGCCCUCCGGUGACCUAACAAACAAGAUGAAAUGAGGAUUAAAGUGGGUUUAGCAGCACAUAUUCAAUUCAAAGAGUUGGGGGGGGGUUCCCCUUCCUUUUUUUUUGGUAACUUGUGAAGUAUGCUCCAAUGGAUAGAACAUCACUGGCCCUGAAAUAGCAAGUGUCUACACAGAACUACAGUAAUUGCCUUUGUGGUAACAGAGCGGGUUUUCAGCUUCAU